CCUGGGCGGAGGCCCAGCUCCGGCUCCCAGGAAUGGACCUCGUGGACCCCGACAUAUUUAAUAGGGACCCUCGGGACCACUACGACCUGCUGCAGCGGCUGGGUGGUGGCACCUAUGGAGAAGUCUUCAAGGCUCGAGACAAGGUGACGGGGGACCUGGUGGCAUUGAAGAUGGUGAAGAUGGAGCCUGAUGAUGAUGUUUCCACACUUCAGAAGGAAAUCCUCAUCUUGAAAACUUGCCGGCACGCCAACAUUGUGGCCUACCACGGGAGUUAUCUCUGGCUGCAAAAGCUCUGGAUCUGCAUGGAAUUCUGUGGGGCUGGUUCUCUUCAGGACAUCUACCAAGUGACAGGCUCCCUGUCAGAGCUCCAGAUCAGCUAUGUCUGCCGAGAAGUUCUCCAGGGACUGGCCUAUCUGCAUUCACAGAAGAAGAUACACCGGGACAUUAAGGGAGCCAACAUCCUCAUCAAUGACUCUGGGGAGGUCAGACUGGCUGACUUUGGUAUCUCAGCCCAGAUCGGGGCAACGCUGGCUCGACGCCUCUCUUUCAUUGGGACACCUUACUGGAUGGCUCCAGAAGUGGCUGCCGUUGCCCUGAAGGGGGGAUACAAUGAGCUGUGUGACAUCUGGUCUCUGGGCAUCACAGCCAUAGAACUAGCAGAGCUACAGCCACCGCUCUUUGAUGUGCACCCUCUCAGAGUUCUCUUCCUCAUGACCAAGAGUGGCUAUCAGCCUCCCCGGCUAAAGGAAAAAGGCAAAUGGUCUGCUGCCUUCCACAACUUUGUUAAAGUCUCCCUCACCAAAAACGCCAAGAAACGACCCAGCGCCACCAAGAUGCUCAGUCAUCAACUGGUAUCCCAGCCAGGGCUAAAUAGAGGCCUGAUCCUGGAUCUUCUUGACAAACUGAGGAACCCAGGGAAGGGGACUCCUGUUGGUGAGACUGAAGAUGAGGAGCCUGAGCCACCCCCUGCCAUCCCUCGGCGGAUCAAAUCCACCCACCGAUCCAGCUCGCUGGGGAUUCCAGAUGCAGAUUGUUGUCGACGGCACAUGGAAUUCAGGAAGCUCAGAGCAAUGGAGUCCAGACCUGCAGCUGACACUGCUCUCUUACAGCCCCCUGAAGACUUCAGGAGCAGCAGUCCUAGGAGGCACCAGUCGGAGUCUGAUGAUGACUACGAUGACGUGGACAUCCCUACCCCUUCAGAGGACACACCUCCUCCACUGCCCCCCAAGCCCAAGUUCCGUUCUCCAUCGGAUGAGGGUUCCGGGGGGCCUGGGGAGGAGGGGCAGCUGAGCCCGGGGGUGCUGGUCCGGUGUGCCAGUGGGCCUCCCCCACGCACCCCCCAUGUUGGACCUCCCCCAGCCACCAGGAGUCCCCAUCUAACUGCCCAUUCAGAGCCCUCACUCUGGAACCCAACCCCUCAGCAGUCUGACCAGCCCCCACUGUUGCCCCCCAAGAAGGAAAAGAUGAAGAGAAAGGGAUGUGCCCUUCUUGUAAAGUUGUUCAAUGGCUGCCCCCUUCGGAUCCACAGCACAGCCGCCUGGACACACCCCUCCACCAAGGAUCAGCACCUGAUCCUAGGGGCAGAGGAAGGCAUUUUCAUCUUGAACCGGAAUGAUCAGGAGGCCACGCUGGAGAUGCUCUUUCCCAGCCGGACGACCUGGGUGUACUCCAUCAACAAUGUCCUCAUGUCUCUCUCAGGAAAGACCCCCCACCUGUAUUCUCAUAGCAUCCUGGGCCUGCUGGAAAGGAAAGAGACCAGAGCAGGAAGCCCCAUCUCUCACAUUAGUCCUCACCGGCUACUCGCAAGGAAGAACAUGGUCUCCACCAAGAUCCAGGACACCAAAGGCUGCCAAGCGUGCUGUGUGGCGGAGGGCUCCAGCUCCGGGGGCCCCUUCCUGUGCGGGGCAUUGGAGACCUCUGUGGUCCUGCUUCAGUGGUACCAGCCCAUGAACAAGUUCCUGCUGAUCCGGCAGGUGCUGUUCCCGCUGCCCACGCCCUUGCCCGUGUUCGCGCUGCUGACGGGGCCGGGCUCCGAGCUGCCCGCCGUGUGCAUCGGCGUGAGCCCGGGGCGGCCGCCGAAGUCCGUGCUCUUCCACACCGUGCGCUUCGGCGCGCUGUCCUGCUGGCUGGGCGAGAUGAGCACCAGUGAGCGGGGCGAAGCGGGCGGGGCGCGGCCGGCCGGGGGGCCGGGGGGCCUUACGGACCCCGGCGCCCCGCUCCCUUUUUACUCCCUUCUAGGGUCCCUGAAGCUGGUGACUCCAGAGGGAGCCCCAGUCAGGGGGCUGCGAACCCCGGAGAUCCCCAUGACGGAAGCUGUGGAGGCUGUGGCGAUGGUCGGAGGGCGGCUCCAGGCCUUCUGGAAGCACGGAGUGCAGGUGUGGGCUCUGGGCUCUGACCAGCUGCUUCAGGAGCUGAGAGACCCCACCCUCACCUUCCGUCUGCUUGGCUCCCCCAGGCCUGUGGUGGUGGAGACACGCCCAGCAGAUGAUCCUACUGCUCCCAGCAACCUCUACAUUCAGGAAUGAGUCCCUGGGGGUGUUAGGAACCAUUCCCUGCACCCUCCUUCCCAACAGACACUCAUUAGUGGUCAUGACAUGCUCCUUUACCCCAAUAAACAUGACUUCAGCCUCU